AUGGUUGGUGAAUCUAUGACUACAACUUUUAGAGAAGCGGCAGAGAAAUUGGGAUUGUUGCAGAGUGAUCGGGUGAUAGAUCAAUGUCUGCAGGAAGCUAUGUGUUGGCAAAUGCCUACAAGUUUUCGAAGGUUAUUUGCUACGAUGUUGGUCUUUUGUGAUAUUCCAUCUCCCCGUGGUUUGUGGAUAAAAUACAAGGAACAUCUUUGUGAAGACCUAAUUUCCUCAUCUGUGAAUAUAAUUGAUGCUGAAAAUAAGUGUCUCCAUAUGAUAAGUGAUGUACUUGAAUCUUUGGGGAAAAAUAUCAAUGACUUUGCGUUAGUUUCUUAUUAUAUUGGCCUUACAAAACAACAAAGAAUACACAAAGAAAUACAAGCAGAAAAGAAUUUGUUGCCAAAUGAAGUUGAUUUACUUGCUAUUACGAAGUUGAAUCAAAGUCAACGAGCAGCCUUUGACACUAUAAUUGCGCGGGUUUACUCAAGUUCUGGAGGAGUAUUCUUUGUUGAUGGCCCUGGGGGAACUGGAAAAACGUUUCUAUACAAGUGCCUUUUGGCUAAAGUGAGAUCAAACCAUGACAUUGCACUUGCAACUGCAACAUCUGGUGUAGCUGCAUCUCUUCUACCAGGAGGCCGAACAGCUCAUUCUCGAUUUAAAAUACCAAUUAAUGGAGAUGAUAAAUUUGUAUGCAAUAUCGGGAAACAAAGUGCCGAAGCCGCACUUCUUAGAGAGUGCAAGUUGAUUCUAUGGGACGAAGCAACAAUGGCAAAUCGUAGAGACAUAGAAAAUGUUGAAACAACUUUGAGAGAUAUCACAAAUUGUGACAAAAUCUUUGGUGGCAAAGUUGUAGUCUUUGGAGGUGAUUUUCGCCAGACGUUACUUGUAAUAAGAUCGGGAAGCAAAAGGGAUUUCAUAGAAGCAAGUUUGGUAAAAUCCAGGAAAAUUUGGUCAGUGGUUGAGAGAUUGGUUUUGACAGAAAACAUGCGUGCUAAAGAAGAUCCAUCUUUUUGCGAAUACUUAAUGCGCGUGGGCAAUGGAACAGAAAAAUGUGUUGUUGACAAUUCAAUUGAAAUUCCAAAAACAUUCCUUGUCCCAUAUACAAAUGAAUUACAGUCUUAUAAUUCAUUAAUUAACAUAGUUUUCCCAGAUUUAAUGAACUUCAGUUGUGAUCCUUAUCCACUCAUGAAGAGAGGUAUAUUGACCCCAAAGAAUGAAUACGUGGAUGAAAUUAACAACACCUUAAUUGCUAGAUUUCCUGGAGAGGAAAAAUAUUAUGUCAGUUAUGAUGAGUUGUUGGAUUCUACUUCCCCCCAUGAUUUUGCUGACUUCUUGCAUACUAUCUCGGUACCUGGUCUACCUCCUCACAAGUUGAUCCUGAAAAAGAAUUGCCCUGUAAUGUUGCUGAGGAAUAUUAAUCCUGCAGAAGGACUAUGUAAUGGUACACGGUUAAUAUGCGAUGACUUUCGUGAUCAUGUUAUACGUUGUGUCAUUGCUUCUGGGGAACACUUCGGUAAACAUAUUUUCAUACCAAGGAUCCCACUUGAAGCCUCAAAGGAUGAAAAAUGCUCAAUCCCAUUUAAACGCCACCAGUUCCCAAUCAAACUUUAUGCAGAGUCCUUGGCACGCUUUCAAUCAGGGUCUCCAUAUAUCUAUCCUAUGUAUGGACUGGGAGAGUUGCCUCAGUCAUUUACACGUCUUAGUGCAGUUUAUGGUGGGACAUACAUGCUAAACAAGCCUCAGUGUAAGAUGGAGUUCGACGACAGUGGAACAGCCUAUGGUGUGACCUCUGAAGGAGAAACAGCUAAAUGCAAGAUAGUUGUUUGUGAUCCAACCUAUUUAACUGAUAAGGUCCAUAAGGUUGGAAAAGUUGCUCGUGCAGUAUGCAUAAUGAGCCAUCCUAUCCCUGACACAAACGACUCCCAUUCUGCUCAGGUUAUUCUGCCACAGAAACAACUUGGUCACAAAUCAGACAUGUGUGUUUCCUAAAUCUCCCAACU